AUGUUGCAGCUUCAAAACCCUUUUGCUCUCUUACUUUCAUCUUUGUUUGUAACAUUCCUUUAUCAAUGUUCUGCUACUCAAUUCAUAGUGGGGGAUUCAGCAGGUUGGGUUAUUCCACCAUUUCCAACAUACUACACUAAUUGGACAAACUCCCAUUUCAUUAGAGAAGGAGAUUCUCUAGAAUUCGACUUCAACGCAAGAUUCUACAACCUAAUUCAAGUAUCACAAUCUGAGUAUGAGCAUUGCACAGCACUUGAACCUCUGAAGGUAUUCAACAGUAGCCCAGUAAAUUUCCCAUUAAAGGAAAGAGGUAUCUACUACUUCAUAUGUAGUGUCUCAAAUUAUUGUACUUUAGGCCAAAAAGUUAUUAUUAAUGUCCAUCAAAUUCCCCCACAAAAUCCACCAACACCAUCAGCAUCACCUCCACAACAUCAAGUACCAAAGAUAUCUCCACAGUUAUCACCAAAUGGUUCUGCUCCUCAACCUAGUGGUGGCACGAGUAACCCUCCAGCACCUAUAAAUGUACCAUCUCCUACUCCUGUAGGUGGUAAUGUUGGGUGUCCUCCUACACCAUCUUCCAUUCAUGGGGUGAAGUCUAAUAUUGAUGUGGCAUUAUUGGUUUGUGCUAUGUUUGGUACAUUCCUAGGAUUUUGGAUGAUGUAG